AUGCGUUUAAUAUUCAUAGCGCUGCUGCUAGCAUGCGCGUACGCAACCCCUCAGUACACGAAGACUGCGGGCGUUAAGGGAGGGUACGGUGGACAUGGUUACCAUCAUGAGGGAAUGAAUCUUGUCAAUAAUUUUUACAACAAUGGGAGUCAUCAUCAAGGCUAUGGAGGAUACGGGCAGAAUUUGACAGGAACCGGAACUGUCAACUACGAGAUAGGAGUUUGCUACAUCGAAGUGCCAACAGCCACUCUAGUCAAGGACCCUACUCAUGUUCCUGCUGGUAAUGGGUCGCGCCCAGACUUGAGUCGCAUCAGGAGUUGCUGUAGUGGUUACAUCAGGAACAUUCACAACUACCGCAUCUGUGACCCAGUGUGUAACCAAGAAUGUGUGAACGGACUCUGCAGUGCACCAAACACCUGUACUUGCUUCCCAGACCAUGUGAAGAACUUGGCUGGUUUCUGUAUAGCCACCUGUCCCAUAGGAUGUCAGAAUGGACAGUGUUCUGGUGGUGAAUGCAUCUGCAAAGAUGGCUACCGACUGGAUUCGGAAAGCAAAUUCUGUGUUCCGUACUGCAGGGAGCAAUGCGGUGGUCCUGGUAGAGGCAACUGCACAGCUCCAAACACAUGUGAAUGCCAGCCUGGCUACAGGUCUACUCCCGAAGGAUCCUGCAAGCCUUCCUGUGAUCGAUGCAAGGAUGGCCAGUGUGUAGGACCUAAUGACUGCCGCUGUUCUUCUGGUUACACCAAGGACCAGUAUGGUGACUGCAUCCCACAAUGCUCUAGUCCGUGCUCACCACCAAAGCGCUGUAUAGCUCCCAAUGUAUGCGGGGACUCUUCAAGCCCCCCGGCUUACAAUAACACAGGCUCUGGCUCCCCUUACGGCAGACCACCAACUUACAAUCCCAACCAAACCCCGAACAACCCCUACGGUCAACAACCCCAGAACCCUAACUAUCCCGGUCAUUAUCAGCCUAAUAACCCAAGUAACCCAUCAAAUACUCCCGGUCAACAACAACACACAUACCCUAGUAGUCCACGUCCCCCCGGAAGCCAACAAAACAAUCAGCCUGGUAGUCAGCCAUCUAACUACCCUGGCAGUCAGCCAUCUAAUUACCCUGGUAGCCAGCCGUCUAACUAUCCUGGUAGCCAGCCGUCUAACUAUCCUGGUAGCCAGCCGUCUAACUAUCCUGGUAGCCAGCCGUCUAACUAUCCUGGUAGCCAGCCAUCUAACUACCCUGGUAGCCAGCCAUCUAACUAUCCGAGUAACCAACCAUCUAGCUACCCUGGCUAUCGACCACCACCGACUUAUCCGGGAGGUCCUCAAUACCCAGGUCACUCACAAAACAAUUACCCCGGAGGACCAUACCCUGGUAACCAAGUAUCCAAUAACACCAGUGCCGGAAGCAUCCAACCAGGAGUUCUACCGAACACUCAACAACCUUCUCCUUACGGUCAAAGACCUGUCAAUCCAUCAGGUCAACCUAUUUACACGCAUAUUCCUAAUAACCCUCAGCCUCUGUACCCUGACAGUCAGCAUUUAGGUCCAGACCACCGCCCUAACCCCGCUUACCCUUCGCCCAAUUCGACUCAAGGAGUGCCUAGUGGACCAAGUUAUCCCAACAACCAAUAUGUCCCUAUAAAUCAGUACUAUCCAGACCAGAGACCCAAUACGAAUCUGCAACCUUAUCAAAGGCCAAAUAAUGCUGAGCCUUAUUACCCUAACAGUCAGUAUUACCCCAACUACAACCAGCAGUCGUACAACCAAGAGUCAGUGUACCAGCAGAACAUCUACCAGGAGAACCAGAUGUCAGCCGUCGAGCUCUUGUGUUCCAUACCAUGUGUUAAUGGAACCUGUGUCGGACGAGAUGUGUGUUCUUGCAACACUGGAUACGUUCCUAUUGCUGGAGACACGUCUAGGUGCGAGCCAUACUGUUCUGGCUGUACAAAUGGAGUAUGUGUAUCUCCGUAUAUGUGCCAAUGUCACCCUGGAUUUUACAAAGACUUCAGCGUAAAGGGGAGGACAAAAUGUGUGCGACGCAUCAGACGGUCCGUCGAUGAAACGUCAGCACCUUUAAACAUCGCUGAGCUGCUCGUGUUUGAGAUACCUGAUGAUUAUGACAUUUAA